GAGGGAGGCACACGGAAAACAAAGCCGGCGGGGACCGGCGCAAGUGGCGGACAGCAGCAAGUAAAGGGGACGAGAACACCAAACAGGCUGGGCUACGGGAGGCCACGUCCGAGAGGGUGGCACAGACUGACACACAUCCCACUUAAGAUUCUUUAACCGCUUCUAUGUGGGUCCAGGUGCUCCCAGUCCAAACCAAGUGGAAAAAAAAAGCCGCAGAGCUAAGUCCAGCUCUGUUUCAUCAAGGAGGUUAGGGCCAAGGUGGAAUCUGCAGAACCUGGUAUUGCAGAAGGUCCCCGCAGCGCCCUUGCCCUGAAGCAUGGCUUCCAUCCCUUCCGGCGGCUCCCUCAUGGCAACCCAUGACUACUAUCGGCGACGCCUGAGCUCCUUGUCAAGCAACAGCUCCUCCGGAAGUGCCGAGUACACGGGAGAGGCCGUGCCCCAUUCCCCGGGUCUCCCCAAAGCCAAUCCCGGCCACUGGUGGACCAGCUUCUUUUUCGGGAAGUCCACCGUUCCAUUCAUGUCCACAGUGUUGGAGUCUCCUGAGCACUCAGCAGAGUCCUCCCAGACCCCCAGAAGCUCGAUCACCAGUGACCUGGCUCCUGAAACCAUGAAGCAGCAGCCAGUCAUCCAUCCUGGCCAGGCCAACACCAAGGCCCCGUCCUGAUCUGGCAGAAUCACCAGCCAACCCCACCUUAAGUGGUACUAGGCCAGAGUCCCACCUACCCAUCCUACCCGGUAAACUAGGAAGGCUGCAGUAAGCAACAGACACCAGCAGGAGCUGGAGGGGGCCCCUCUUGGGUCAUACCACUGACCCCGUAACUGUGCCUUGAACCAAGCAAAAAAUAAACAGCUAGCAUCCGUC